UCCCGGCCUCGUCCCGCCGCCAGGUGCUCCGAUCGCAGCGCCAUCCGACCCGGCUGCUUCGAGAGGGAAGACACGGUCGCCUCCGCCGCCCCGUCACCGCCACCGCAGGCCAGUCUGGCUCUUGUCACCGUCUCCCAAAUCUCUUCAUGAGGCUGUGAGCUCUGAGGCCAGUAUGCAGACCAGGAUGUCCCCAGUGCUUGCAGCCCUGGGCGUUGCCCUAGUACUGUCUUCCAUUGAGGCAGAAGUUGACCCACCUUCCGACUUGAAUUUUAAAAUUAUAGAUGAAAAUACUGUUCAUAUGUCAUGGGAGAGACCAGCUGAUCCAAUUGUGGGUUAUAAAAUAACAGUGGACUCUACAACAGACGGGCCCACUAAAGAAUUUACCCUUGCAGCUAGUACCACUGAAACUUUAUUAUCAGAUCUUAUACCUGAAAUAGAGUAUGUGGUGACUAUAACUUCAUAUGAUGAAGUAGAAGAAAGUGUACCAGUUAUAGGCCAAUUAACAAUUCAAACAGGAGGCCCCACAAAGCCAGGGGAGAAGAAACCUGGAAAAACAGAGAUACAAAAGUGCUCUGUCAGUGCCUGGACUGACUUAGUUUUCCUGGUGGAUGGCUCCUGGAGUGUGGGAAGAAAUAACUUCAAGUACAUUUUAGACUUCAUUGCUGCUCUUGUGUCUGCUUUUGACACUGGGGAGGAGAAGACAAGGGUGGGAGUUGUUCAAUACAGCUCUGAUACCAGGACGGAAUUUAACUUGAACCGGUACUACCAAAGAGAUGAGCUUCUUGCAGCAAUUAAAAAAAUCCCAUAUAAAGGUGGCAACACAAUGACAGGGGAUGCCAUUGAAUACUUAGUUAAGAAUACUUUUACUGAAUCUGCUGGGGCAAGAGCUGGAUUUCCUAAAGUGGCAAUUAUUAUUACGGAUGGGAAAUCCCAGGACGAAGUAGAAAUUCCAGCACGAGAGCUUCGGAAUAUUGGAGUUGAAAUUUUCUCCUUGGGCAUUAAAGCUGCGGAUGCAAAGGAACUCAAACAAAUUGCCUCCACACCUUCACUGAACCAUGUUUUCAAUGUGGCCAAUUUUGAUGCAAUUGUGGACAUUCAGAAUGAGAUCAUCUCCCAGGUGUGCUCAGGUGUUGAUGAGCAACUGGGUGAACUAGUUAGUGGGGAAGAAGCUAUUGAGCCUCCUUCAAAUCUGGUUGCCACAGAAGUCUCAUCUAAAUACAUUAAACUAAGCUGGGAUCCAUCUCCUAGCCCUGUGACUGGGUAUAAAAUUCUCCUUGUACCAAUGGCUGCAGGAAGCCGUCAGCAUGCUCUGAGUGUGGGACCUCAGACAACCACACUCAAUGUUCGUGACCUCUCAGCAGACACAGAAUACCAGAUCAGUGUUUCUGCCAUGAAAGGACUGACAUCCAGUGAGCCUGUCUCAGUGAUGGAGAAGACUCAGCCAAUGAAAGUUCAAGUGGAAUGCUCACGUGGUGUGGACAUAAAAGCUGAUAUUGUAUUUUUGGUUGAUGGAUCCUAUAGCAUUGGAAUUGCAAACUUUGUGAAAGUUAGAGCCUUUUUGGAAGUUCUUGCAAAAAGUUUUGAGAUUUCGCCAAACAGGGUACAGAUAAGUCUUGUUCAGUACAGCAGAGAUCCCCAUACUGAAUUCACUUUGAAAGAAUUUAACAGAGUCGAAGACAUAAUUAAAGCAAUAAACACCUUCCCAUACAGAGGGGGAUCCACGAACACAGGCAAAGCAAUGACUUAUGUCAGAGAGAAAAUAUUUGUGCCUAACAAAGGUUCCAGAAGCAAUGUACCAAAGGUCAUGAUUCUUAUCACUGAUGGGAAAUCAUCGGAUGCUUUCAGAGAUCCUGCCAUCAAACUGAGAAAUUCAGAUGUUGAAAUCUUUGCAGUUGGUGUAAAGGAUGCUGUUCGCUCAGAAUUGGAGGCCAUUGCCUCUCCUCCUGCUGAGACCCAUGUAUUCACAGUGGAGGAUUUUGAUGCUUUUCAGAGGAUAUCUUUUGAACUCACACAGUCAAUAUGCCUCAGAAUUGAGCAAGAACUGGCAGCUAUAAAGAAAAAAGCAUAUGUGCCUCCAACAGAUCUGCGUUUCUCUCAGGUGACAUCUAACAGUUUUAAAGCUGAAUGGUCUCCUGCUGGAGAAAAUGUUUUUUCUUAUCACAUCACAUAUAAGGACACUACUGGAAAUGAUGAGGCCACAGUGGUGGAGCCAGCUUCCAGCACCAGUGUGGUUCUCAGCAACCUGAAGCCAGAGACCCUGUACUUGGUGAAUGUGACUGCAGAGUAUGAAGAUGGCUUCAGCAUUCCCUUAGCUGGAGAGGAGACCACUGCCGAAGUCAAAGGAGUACCUCGAAGCCUAAAAGUGACAGAUGAAACGACAGAUAGUUUUAAAAUUACCUGGGCUCAAGCUCCAGGGAGAGUUUUAAGGUAUCGAAUUGUGUACAGGCCAGUCACUGGUGGGGAAAGCAAAGAAGUGACCACCCCAGCCAAUCAGAGGAGGAGAACACUGGAGGGCCUCACUCCAGACACAAAAUAUGAAGUGUCUGUAAUUCCGGAGUAUGCCUCAGGACCUGGCCCAGCACUGACAGGAAAUGCAGCCACGGAAGAAGUUAGAGGGAAUCCAAGAGACUUAAGAGUUUCUGACCCAACAACAUCCACUUUGAAGCUAUCCUGGAGUGGGGCACCAGGAAAAGUGAAGCAGUAUCUUGUCACAUACACUCCAGUGGAAGGAGGUGAAACACAAGAGGUCACUGUGAGUGGAGAUACAUUGAGCAUCAUACUGAGGAGCUUGAAAGAGGGGACACAAUAUGACUUGUCUGUGACAGCACUGUAUGCGUCUGGGGCUGGAGAUGGCCUUUUUGGAAAAGGAACAACACUUGAAGAACGUGGCUCACCUCAAGAUCUAGUUACUAAAGACAUCACAGAUACCUCAAUUGGUGCCUACUGGACAUCUGCUCCAGGAAUGGUUCGUGGCUACAGAGUCUCAUGGAAAUCACUUUAUGAUGAUGUGGAGGCUGGCGAGAAAAAUCUUCCAGGAGAUGCAAUUCAUACUAUAAUAGAAAAUCUACAGCCAGAGACCAAAUACAAAAUUUCAGUUUUUGCAACUUAUAGCAGUGGAGAAGGCGAGCCUGUGUCUAAAGAUGCCACCACUGAAUUAUCUAAAGAUUCCAAAUCCUUAAAAGUGGAUGAAGAAACAGAACACACAAUGAGAGUUACCUGGAAACCAGCACCAGGGAAAGUCAUCAACUACCGUGUUGUAUAUCGUCCCCAGGGGGGAGGGAGACAAAUGGUUGCUAAAGUGCCCCCCACAGCCACUUCAACAGUUCUAAAGCGACUUCAGCCCCAGACCACAUAUGACAUCACAGUUCUCCCAAUGUAUAAGACUGGAGAAGGAAAGCUGAGACAAGGAUCAGGAACAACAGCUUCUCGAUUUAAGUCACCCCGAAACCUGAAAACUUCUGACCCAACUAUGUCAAGUUUCCGAGUAACAUGGGAGCCUGCCCCUGGGGAAGUGAAAGGCUACAAGGUCACAUUUCACCCUACUGCUGAUGACAGAAGACUAGGGGAAUUGGUUGUUGGACCAUACGACAACACCGUUGUCUUGGAGGAACUUAGGGCAGGCACCACCUAUAGAGUCAAUGUUUUUGGAAUGUUUGAUGGAGGAGAAAGUUCACCACUUGUUGGACAAGAAAUGACAACCCUUUCUGACACGACGGUGAUGCCAGUUAUAUCCUCUGGGAUGGAGUGUUUCACCCGAGCAGAAGCAGAUAUUGUGCUGCUGGUUGAUGGAUCUUGGAGCAUAGGCCGAGCAAACUUCAGAACUGUGAGAACUUUUAUUUCUCGUAUUGUGGAAAUUUUUGAGAUUGGCCCCAAAAGAGUUCAAAUUGCCCUUGCUCAGUACAGUGGAGACCCCAGAACUGAGUGGCAGUUAAAUGCUCACAGAGACAAGAAGAGCUUAUUGCAGGCUGUUGCAAACCUACCAUACAAAGGAGGAAAUACCCUCACAGGCAUGGCUUUGAAUUUUAUUCGCCAACAGAGCUUUAAGACCCAAGCAGGCAUGAGACCUCGUGCUCGUAAAAUUGGUGUUCUCAUUACUGAUGGAAAAUCGCAAGAUGAUGUGGAGGCCCCGUCUAAGAAGCUCAAGGAUGAAGGCGUGGAGCUUUUUGCUAUCGGUAUUAAGAAUGCUGAUGAAGUUGAGCUAAAGAUGAUUGCCACGGAUCCAGAUGACACCCAUGCAUACAAUGUGGCAGAUUUUGAGUCACUCUCCAAGAUCGUGGAUGACCUCACCAUUAACUUGUGUAACAGUGUCAAGGGCCCAGGUGACUUGGAAGCGCCUUCUAACUUAGUGAUUUCUGAGAGAACUCAUCGUUCUUUUAGAGUGAGCUGGACACCUCCUUCUGACAGUGUGGACAGAUACAAGGUGGAAUACUACCCUGUUUCUGGAGGGAAACGUCAAGAAUUUUAUGUGAGUCGACUGGAAACCAGCACAGUGCUGAAAGACCUCAAGCCUGAGACGGAGUAUGUUGUGAAUGUGUAUUCUGUGGUAGAAGAUGAAUAUAGUGAACCUCUGAAGGGCACAGAGAAAACCUUGCCAGUCCCUGUAGUUAGCCUGAAUAUUUAUGAUGUUGGUCCAACCACCAUGCAUGUGCAGUGGCAGCCUGUGGGAGGAGCUACUGGUUACACUGUGUCACACCAACCUGUGAGGGCUACUGAAGCAAUGAAACCCAAAGAGAUGCGUGUAGGGCCAACAAUAAAUGAUGCGCAGCUGACUGACCUCCUUCCCAACACUGAGUAUGAGGUCACUGUCCAAGCCGUCCUGCACGACCUCACGAGUGAACCCACCAGUGCUCGUGAAGUCACAUUGCCUUUACCCAGACCUCAGAAUGUGAAACUCAGAGAUGUGACUCACAGCACCAUGAGUGUCAUUUGGGAACCUGUGCUGGGAAAAGUGCGCAAAUAUGUUGUUCAAUACAGAACUCCGGAAGAGGAUUUCAAAGAGGUGGAGGUGGACCGAUCCAGGGCCAGCACUUCUCUCAAAGACCUCUCCUCUCAAACUCUGUACACAGUCAGUGUUUCUGCAGUAUAUGAUGAGGGCCAGUCUUCCCCAGUGACUGCACAAGAAACAACCCGACCUGUUCCAGCUCCUACAAACCUGCAGCUGACUGAAGUAACACCAGAGAGCUUCCGAGGGAUCUGGGAUCAUGGAGCUUCCGAUGUGUCACUCUACAGAAUAACCUGGGCACCAGUGGGAAGCCCAGAUAAGAUGGAGACCAUCUUAAAUGGAGAUGAAAAUACCUUGGUGUUUGAAAACCUGAACCCCAACACUGUCUAUGAAGUUUCCAUUACUGCCAUCUACCCUGAUGAGUCUGAGAGUGAUGACCUGACUGGCCGUGAGCGUACAUUGCGCUUGAUACCCUUAACAACACAAGCUCCAAAAAGUGGUCCACGGAACCUUCAGGUGUACAACGCAACAUCUAACAGCUUGACUGUCAAGUGGGACCCUGCCAGCGGUCGUGUGCAGAAGUAUAGAGUCACUUACCAGCCUUCCACUGGGGAAGGCAAUGAACAGACGGCUACAAUAGGAGGACGGCAGAACAGUGUGGUCCUGCAGAAACUGAAGCCUGACACUCCUUACACAAUCACAGUGUCUUCCUUGUACCCUGAUGGUGACGGUGGUCGGAUGACUGGAAGGGGCAAGACAAAACCCCUGAACACAGUGAGGAAUCUGAGAGUGUAUGACCCUUCCACCAGCACUUUGAAUGUCCGCUGGGAUCAUGCGGAGGGUAAUCCUCGCCAGUACAAGCUCUUCUAUGCUCCGACAGCAGGUGGUCCAGAGGAACUGGUACCAAUCCCUGGGAAUACCAAUUAUGCCAUUCUUAGGAACCUGCAGCCAGACACUCCUUACACUGUCACUGUAGUUCCUGUUUAUGCAGAAGGUGAUGGGGGACGCACUUCAGACACAGGAAGGACGUUGGUGAGAGGACUAGCACGAAAUAUCCAAGUGUAUAACCCUACCCCGAACAGCCUGGACGUCCGCUGGGACCCCGCCCCUGGGCCGGUGCAGCAGUACCGCAUUGUGUAUUCUCCUGUUGCUGGCACAAGACCCUCAGAAUCUAUUGUGGUGUCAGGAAAUACCCACACAGUGCAUCUGGAGCGGCUGAUUCCAGACACGCCCUAUUCUGUGAACAUUGUGGCUCUCUAUUCAGAUGGAGAGGGGAAUCCCAGUCCCAGUCAGGGCCGAACACUUCCACGAAGUGGACCAAGGAAUCUGAGAGUCUUUGGGGAGACAACCAAUAGCCUCUCUGUGGCCUGGGAUCAUGCUGAUGGGCCUGUCCAGCAGUACCGGAUCAUUUAUUCGCCCACUGUUGGUGACCCUAUUGAUGAAUAUACCACUGUCCCAGGCAGAAGAAACAGUGUGAUCUUGCAGCCUCUGCAAUCUGAUACUCCAUAUAAAAUUACCGUUAUUGCCGUUUAUGAGGAUGGAGAUGGUGGCCAUUUGACUGGAAAUGGAAGAACUGUGGGACUACUUCCUCCUCAGAACAUGCACAUCUCUGAUGAGUGGUACACGAGGUUCAGAGUGUCCUGGGAUCCUUCACCUUCACCUGUCCUUGGAUAUAAAAUUGUGUAUAAGCCAAUGGGUUCCAGUGAACCCAUGGAAGCCUUUGUUGGAGAAGUAACAUCAUACACAUUACAUAAUCUCAACCCCAGCACCACCUAUGAUGUGGAUGUUUACUCUCAGUAUGACUCGGGGCUCAGUGUUCCCCUCACAGAUCAAGGCACCACAUUAUAUUUAAAUGUGACAGAUCUGAAAACUUACCAGGUUGGCUGGGAUUCAUUCUGUGUUAAAUGGUCACCUCAUCGGGCAGCCACAUCCUACAGGCUAAAGCUAAGUCCUGCAGAUGGAACAAGAGGACAAGAGAUUACUGUGCGUGGAUCAGAAACCAGCCACUGCUUCACUGGCCUCUCCCCAGAGGCUGAGUACAGUGUCACGGUUUUUGUGCAGACGCCAAACCUUGAGGGCCCAGGUGUCCCUGUAAAAGAACAUACCACUGUAAAGCCAACAGAAGCUCCCACAGAGCCACCCACACCUUCUCCUCCUCCCACCAUUCCACCAGCUCGUGAUGUAUGUAAAGGAGCCAAGGCAGACAUUGUGUUCUUGACAGAUGCUUCUUGGAGUAUUGGGGAUGAUAAUUUUAACAAAGUUGUAAGAUUCAUAUUCAAUACUGUGGGGGCUUUUGAUGAAGUGAACCCUGCUGGGAUUCAGGUUUCCUUUGUGCAGUACAGUGAUGAGGUCAAGUCUGAGUUCAAGUUAAACACAUAUAAUGACAAAGCUCUGGCCCUUGGGGCCCUACAGAACAUUAGGUACAGAGGAGGAAACACAAGAACAGGCAAGGCUCUUACAUUUAUUAAGGAGAAGGUCUUGACCUGGGAAAGCGGCAUGAGGAAGAAUGUCCCGAAGGUGCUGGUUGUGGUCACAGAUGGUCGGUCACAGGAUGAGGUCAAGAAAGCAGCUUUUGUCAUCCAGCAAUCAGGUUUCAGUGUUUUUGUAGUUGGUGUAGCUGAUGUUGACUACAAUGAGCUUGCCAACAUCGCCAGCAAACCAAGUGAACGACACGUAUUCAUUGUGGAUGACUUUGAAUCUUUUGAGAAGAUUGAGGACAACCUUAUUACAUUUGUUUGUGAAACUGCCACUUCCAGUUGUCCUCUCAUUUACUUGGAUGGCUAUACCUCACCAGGCUUUAAGAUGCUCGAAGCAUACAACCUGACAGAAAAGAAUUUUGCUUCUGUCCAGGGAGUCUCUUUGGAGUCAGGGUCCUUCCCCAGUUACUCAGCCUACAGGCUUCAGAAGAAUGCCUUCAUCAAUCAGCCUACCUUAGAGCUCCAUCCAAACGGACUCCCUCCUUCAUAUACAAUCAUAUUAUUGUUCAGACUUCUCCCAGAAACUCCCAAUGACCCUUUUGCAAUUUGGCAAAUUACAGACAGAGACUACAGGCCACAAGUUGGAGUGAUUGCAGAUCCUUCUAGCAAGACGCUAGCCUUCUUUAAUAAGGAUACAAGAGGCGAGGUUCAAACUGUUACAUUUGACACAGAUGAAGUGAAGACAUUAUUCUAUGGAAGUUUUCAUAAGGUUCAUAUUGUAGUGACUUCAAAAAGUGUUAAGAUUUAUAUUGACUGCUAUGCAAUUAUAGAAAAAGACAUCAAGGAAGCUGGAAAUAUCACUACUGAUGGUUAUGAAAUUCUUGGAAAGUUACUUAAAGGAGAGAGGAAAUCAGCUACAUUCCAGAUCCAGAGCUUUGACAUUGUCUGCAGCCCCGUGUGGACCAGCAGAGACAGAUGCUGUGACAUUCCCUCCAGGAGAGAUGAAACAAAAUGCCCUGCUCUUCCAAAUGCUUGCACAUGCACACAGGACAGCAUUGGACCUCCAGGUCCCCCAGGCCCUGCGGGAGGACCUGGUGCUAAAGGUCCCAGAGGUGAAAGAGGAAUUAAUGGGGCAAUUGGGCCUCCUGGUCCCCGUGGAGAUACAGGUCCUCCAGGCCCGCAGGGUCCUCCAGGUCCCCAGGGACCCAAUGGACUGUCUAUUCCAGGAGAACAAGGUCGCCAGGGAAUGAAAGGGGAUGCAGGAGAGCCAGGACUCCCGGGCCGUUCGGGAACCCCAGGAUUGCCUGGCCCACCAGGACCAAUGGGACCUCCAGGAGACAGAGGCUUCACUGGGAAAGAUGGUGCCAUGGGACCCAGAGGACCACCAGGGCCUCCGGGAAGCCCAGGCUCUCCAGGAGUCACAGGGCCAAGCGGGAAGCCCGGAAAGCCCGGAGACCACGGCAGACCAGGUCAAUCUGGGUUAAAAGGAGAAAAAGGUGAUAGGGGAGACAUCGCUUCCCAGAACAUGAUGCGAGCAGUUGCAAGACAAGUCUGUGAACAACUGAUAAGUGGUCAGAUGAGCAGAUUCAACCAGAUGCUGAAUCAGAUUCCAAAUGAUUACCACUCCAAUCGCAACCAGCCUGGUCCCCCGGGCCCUCCAGGACCCCCUGGCAGCGCAGGAGCCAGAGGAGAACCUGGGCCUGGGGGACGACCAGGUUUCCCUGGCACUCCAGGGAUACAGGGACCCCCUGGUGAACGAGGUUUGCCUGGAGAGAAAGGUGAACGAGGAAUUGGAUCUCCAGGACCCCGAGGGCUGCCUGGGCCACCAGGUCCACAAGGGGAAUCCAGAACCGGUCCACCAGGAUCUACAGGUUCGAGAGGCCCUCCUGGUCCUCCUGGUCGUCCUGGGAACUCAGGUGUCCGAGGACCUCCAGGCCCUCCUGGAUACUGUGAUUCAUCCCAAUGUGCCAGCAUCCCAUAUAAUGGACAAGGCUAUCCAGAGCCUUACGUGCCCGAGGGUGGGGCCUACUUGCCCGAGCGAGAGCCCUUCAUAGUGCCGGUGGAGCCCGAGCGGACCGCGGACUACGAGGACGACUACGGCGCCGACCAGCCUGCAGAGCCUCAGCCUGUGCGGUGGCGGCGCGGCCUGAGUCCUGGCCCGAGGCACUGAACCCGGGGAGGCUCAGGGUUUCCCGCCACAGGUCAGCCAGGGCAGGAGAUGCCCUGUUGCCCCAGAGUCUGGCUCCAGCAUCCUCGCCCUCCCUCUGCAGCAGGGAGAUCAUGCCCAUGUGUUAUCUUUCUCAUUAUUCAGUUACAUCAAGAGAUCCCUCUCCCAAAAAUCGCUAAGGAGGGACAGGGCAGCUUCAUUGUAAUGUUUGAUCUUCCCUUUUUACCUUCUGCUGCACUGUGGGGCACAGAGGCUCUUACCUGUCUCAUAGCACCCCAGACCAUAGGCUUCCUAGCUGAAGUGACAGUAUCAGCUGGAUACAUGUCCAUAUUGCCUUACACGUCUUUGUUUUAGACACACUAGCAUUUAUGCCGAGUUGCAGACUAGUCUGCAGAAAUGGAAUUGCAUGUCUGUGUUGUAUAUUUAGAAUGAAUUCGUUUUCAGAACGCCAUGUUUCUUAGUUAUCAAAGCAAUUGGAGAAUAUUUGCAAGACUAUGGACAUAGAAUUGCUGCUUUUAUAUUUCAACUGCAGAUUGUGAAUUUCACUGCCUUAUAUUAUUUAUUUCUGAAACAAAAGAGGCAUUUUUCAAUAAAACUACUGAAAAUUUGA